UGCAUUGACACUCCGAAUUUUUACGAGUCAAAACACUUCUUUCUGCAAAACCCAUUUUACUGUCAUAAUAAAUACCACUUCAAAUUGCCCUUUAUUGCGACCGAAUUACAAAUAGGAGUUACAGUAGAUGCACAUAUUUGGAUCGCCCCUGUAAUUCAAUCGAAGAGGCGAUAAAAUGGACAUUGAAUUGUUGGAAUUGCAGAAGCAAUUUGAGGCAGCUCAGCAAGAAAAAUCAAGCGUGAGGUUAUCUGAAAGAAAUGUGGUCGAGCUCGUCAAUAAAUUACAGCUCCUCGAUUUACUCGACUCUGAUCUCCUUCAUACAGUCUCUGGAAAAGAAUAUAUAACUCAGGAUCAGCUGAGAACUGAAUUGGAGGCAGAAAUACAGAAAUUGGGCCGAGUAUCCUUGAUUGAACUGGCUGAUAUAAUAGGAGUUGACCUAUAUCACAUUGAGAGGCAGGCUGAAAGUAUUGUUGCAAAUAAUGAGGAGCUAAUGCUUGUACAAGGGGAAGUAUUGUCACUUAAAUAUUGGGACUCUGUAGCUGAAGAAAUCAACGAAAGAUUGCAAGAGUCUAGUCAAAUCUCUUUGGCUGAACUUGCGGCUCAAUUGCACGUUGGUUCAGAGUUGUUAACUAGUAUUUUGCAGCCUCGUAUAGGAACAAUUGUACAAGGGAAAUUAGAAGGUGGCCGGUUAUAUACUCCUGCAUAUGUUGCUCGUAUCAGGGCCAUGAUACGAGGAGCAGUACGAGGAAUAAUGGUACCAACAAACUUAUCAUCUGUUUGGAGUUCCAUAAAUAAUUUGCUUCAACAAAUGGAUGGAGGAGGAAGUAGUACUAGCUCUACAGAAGGCAUCCUUUUCCAGACUUUGUUGAAUGGCCUUAUUAAAGAUGGGGAAGUUCUUGGUUCACUUCGCUCAGGAGUGUCUUGGACACCAGCUGUAUUUGCUCAUGCACAACGUGAAAGUGUGGAAUCUUUCUUUUCUCAGAAUUCAUUCAUUGGUUACGAUGUUCUUCACAAGCUUGCAAUUCCUCAGCCUAAACAAUAUUUACAGUCCAAAUAUCCUGAAGGCAUACCUCUGGAGACAGUCUUUGUGCACCCUUCAAUGAUUGGCAUGUUAGAUGCUGCUGCAGAAGAUGCUAUUGACAAUGGGGGAUGGUUUGACUGUCUUUCUAUUCUGCCUGCCUCUUUUGGGACUCAGGAUGCUGCUAAGCUGUUAGGCUUAUGUCCUUCUGUUCAGAAGGCUUUGAAGGAUACAGUGGCAACUGUUUUGGCAGAUACAUGUGUUGUGAGUAGUGAAUUUGUGAAGGUCUUGUUUGUGCAAUUGGAAAACCAUGCUGAACACUUUAUUAGAGAUAAAAUGGUUUCCACCCAAAAAGUAUAUAGAAGUCAGACUUCAAAUUCUGAUGGCAUUAAAACUGGAAGUGAUGCAAGCCAGCUGUCAAAAGUUGAUUUCAAUAAUGGCAACUCCCCUGUUUUUGACGAAAAAAUUGCAGAUAAGGAAACAAAGAAGAAGAAAGGUAAGGGCGGAAGUGUUACAAAGUCACCUAUAGUUGACAAUGUUGAUGAGAAUCAAGACAGUAAAGGAAGCAAGGUUAAGAAGAGGCAGAGUAAGAAGGGAGACAGUAAAUUAGCUGCAGGGGGAGCGAAGUCUAAUCAUAAUAAAGGAUCAGAAAAAGUUGUGAGUGAGGAGAUUGAUUUACCAUCAGAAGAAUGGAUACUGGAGAGGUUUUUGGACUGGCACCCAGAUCUAGAAGGUACUGGAGCAGGUCAAGAAGAUACAAACACAUUGGCAAGAUCUUUAGUGAUGCAUUUGAGACCUAUGUUGACUGCAUCUUGGAAAGCCAGAAAACAAGCCAUAAUGGCAGCAAAUUCUGAGAAAAGACGGCAUGUUUUAGAUAAAUUACAGCUAUACCUAGAUGAGGCUUACAUAAAUUUUCAGUUAUUUGAAAAGGCAUUGGAUUUGUUUGAGGAUGAUCCUUCAACUUCCGUUAUUCUACAUAGGCAUUUGCUACGAACUACAGCUACAGAAAUGGUAGACAGGAUUCUGUCAACACUGGAUUUUGAUAUGAAGCUCCAAAAUGGAGAUGCUGAAGAUGCAUUGCAGAACAUUGAACUUCAUUCUUUGAAUCCUGGGGAAAGGAUAUCUCUGGCAAAAGGUUUUCUUGGUUUUCUAUCAACCAGGGCCCUUGAAAUGGUAGAAGCAUUGGAAGGAAAGCGUGUGGAGUCAUUCUCUACUGCUUUAGGUCUGCUAGCAAAAGAAAGUGGCCUCUGGUUAAAGAGGUUGGACAAGAAGAUUGAAAGAACAGUUUUGCACUCUUAUCGCAAGGCUCUUGCAUCUCAAAUUGAAGCUGAAAGUGACCCAGUAGCCCUUUUACCAAAGGUUGUGGCACUGCUCUAUGUGCAGGUAUACAACAAAGCUUUACAAAUCCCUGGCAGAAUAAUGGCUGUAGCUGUUUCUCGAUUGAAGGAGCGGGUCCCUGACAUGGUAUACACGACUGUGAUGGAGUAUCAAUUAGCAACGGUCACACUUCUAGCAUUAUUAUCAGCUGGAAGUUAUAGUGAAGAUGAUUGUACAGCAGACAGAAUAAUGAGUAAAAGAGAAUUCCUGGAGAGCAGAAUGCCCAAUUUAAAAGCACUUCCAUCAGCCUUGUCUUCUGGAAACACAGUUGCAGUCACCAAUUCUUAGAUAAAUUAUGCUAACAACCACAUUCGUACAGUUGUGUGCAUGUUUAAUAGGUAUUGCCUAUUUUCCUUCAAUCCGACUGUCCUGUCUACUUUUGUAUGUUGGAUCUUGUCAAUAUGAAAGUUAACCUUAAUGUAACAUGACUCUAGCUUUAGAGUGAGAGGACUUCACACAUUCUAGAGGCGGCUGUUCGAGUCCAGACUUGUAAGGUUUAUUUUAAGGCAAAAUGAUAAUAUAGUUUUAAUUUAUGUAGUUGUCAAGCGCACUCUAUCAAAUUCAUAUGGUCAAUCAUAUCCUCUCCCCGUUUCUCCUGGGGCAGGAUGAAAUUUUCAGUAAAGAAGCUAAGAUAUGUUCUUCUUUGUGUGAAUGUA